CAAGACAAUUUUGACGUUUAUCAUUUGACAUAGGGGUCCAGGUGCUUUAUUUCGAAGAAGUUUUGGUAAAUAAAUUGGUAAAUAAGUUGGUUUAAAAAUUAUAAAUUUGUUAUUGAAAAUGGCACAAGGAAAGUUUAAAAAAGGAAAAGCCCCAACAACUAUACAGAAAAAGCAGAAACAAAAAAAUGCAUCUGCAUUCACAAGAAGAUCUAAUGCGCCAAUUCAAGCAAAAAAAUCAAAAUAUACAGAAAAUCAAAAGAUAAAACAAGUUAUUUCAAAAAAUGUCAACAAGUCUGUUGAAAGUGAAUUACGUGCUCGUGCUAAUGAAGGUCACAUAAAUUUGAGUAAAGCGCAGGAGGCUGUGGCGAAAUUCAAUAAAUCAAAGACCACGGAACCAUCGACUAGUAAUAAGUAGACUUAAUGUGAAUAUUUUGGCUGAUAUUGUGUUUUUAAAAGCAAUGAAUUUCCAAUACUAUGUACGUUUUCUUUUAAAGAAUCCAUAGCAUAAUUUGAAAUAUAAGCACCUACCAUAUAGUGA